CGCACCACAGAUAUAAUACAGAGAGAGACAACAAACCCUCAAGCCACCAUAAUGAAAGAAAUUAUAAAGUUUCAGUCUUUAACAUGGCUAUGGACAUGGAGGCUGGAUCUUCUCUCAAAGGAAAAGCCUUUAACAAGGCUAAACAACUACGUAGCCAAAACUCGACUGGCUAAGCGAUUUAAACUCAACGGCUGAAACUCAACUUUCACACCGAAUUACGUUGCUGGCACCGCCACUGUUUUCUCACCAUUGGCUUAUAUUCUCGCCGCUUUGGCUCCGGGUAUGGGUACCCAAUGGUUUUUUGCUUAUACCGUCGUCGGGGUAUCACGUGGUUCGGGUAAUGUUUUCGUACGAAGAGUGCAUUAACGGCUGCUUUUCAUGGAAGGUUUAAUCUUUUCUAGCUAUCUGGCAAUCGGAUUACGAGCAAACAAUUGGGCAAAACUCCGUUUCCAAAAACCGGUCCGGAUUCAGUCUUCCGCCGGAAUCGGCUUUUCCUUGCAUUCAUUCGGAUUACAAAACAACCAAGGAAUCGGGUUAGUUGGGUUACAGCUUUCGACGUAGUAAACACUUGGCGGAUGCCCAAGAUCAUCGCGUGCGACGUUAGCACCGGGUCGACGUUUAGCUAACGGGACUGUUGCUUUGAUCCCAGGCGCACCGUUUCGCGGGGAUAUUUCUUGUCUACGAGACCGCAUGAGAUCGCCAACGUUAUGGCUUGGAGUGGUUGGAUUUGUCAAUAAUUGCUAUUGUUUGGUGAAAAAAUAAUUAAAGGGGGCAUUAUUUACCUGAAUUGGUUUUUGUUGACGGCCAAUUUCAUGGUUCCGUUGAACCACGAGUGUUUAACGGCAUUUCCUGACACGCCGGGCAGGGAAUUCAAGCUCAUGAGUUAUUUUAAAGAAGUUGUUUGAUGUUACAUGCCCAAUUAAAAGUACAGCUGGAGCUUUAGCAUUUUAGGAGUAUGGGGAAAGGUAUUUUUGGGAGGCUUUGGUCACGUUUUAUAUUGUUGACAUUUUGGACACCACGCGGUACAUUAUAUUUCAAUUGGGCCAGAAUUUGCUGGAUUUUUGGAUGAGAAUUGGUGGAUUUUGAAGUCAAUAUUUUGCAUUCAUGUCAGAUGCUCGUCAAUCGUUGGUGGGGUCGCUUCUUGGCACAUCACCCGUGACGGCUUACAUAGAAUCCUCGACGGGUAUUCGCGAAGGCGGAAAGAACAGGUUUAACGGCCGUUGACAGUUGCAGGGUAUUUCUUUUUGGCGUUUUUUCUUGACUCCCUUAUUAGCUUCCGAUACCGCUUGGGCUGUUGGCGGGCCGCCGUUGAUCUUGGUGGGUGUGCUUAUUGAUGAGGCAGGGUGGAUAUAGUGGAAUGAUAUGAGGCAAGCUAUUACCAGCUUUUUGACAUUGAUUUGAUGGCCUUUGACCUUAUUCCUAUUUGCAUAUGGGUUGAUGGUGGAAUUGGGACUUAACAUUGUUUUGCAUUUAGGGAUUGGGGUGAGGACCUUUUUGAUUAAGAUGGGCAUCAUAAAAAGAAUUGGUGGUGGUGGUGAUGGAGGCGAGGAGAAGGAGGAGUUGGUGGUAGUGGUGGUGGGAUCAAUGGGGACAGAUGUGCAAAAUCUAUGCAAGAUGGAUAAGUGUUUAAAAGAAGUUGGGAAAACCCAAAUUGGUGGAGUCCUUCACGCCAAUACUGUUCCAAUAGCUUUCUUUAAUUGCAAAAACAAGGUUUUUAGCAAGCCUCCGAUCUCCACUGUUGCGCGCCUUGAACAAGCUUUUAGUCCAAAGAGGAAUUUCAUACUUGAUGAAACACGAUCCCGUAUGACACCCGCAUUCAUUAGAAGCACAAUCAUGUGUGAUGAUUGA